AGCGCUUUCGGCGCCAUUUUCGAGUGAUGCCUGAUCUCAUCAAUCUAGCGGGAGAGACAGGCUAACCUGUCCGAGUAUAGCGCCACUAGGACUGCGCCGGAAAAAUUACUUUAAAAAUCGCCAAAAAUUACUUGGAGCAAAGGGCAGUCGGCGGAGCUUCGCCAAGAUUGGCGCAGUCGGUUUUGACCUGUAGGAGAGAACCAAUUCUGGAGAACAACCUCACUUCUUUGAUUGAAUACUCACAUAAUGCAUUGGAACAUGACACAAGAUUAAGGCUUAAUAAUGAUAGAAUGAAGACCAUAAUAAGAGACCUCUACUUAGUCAGCAAUUCUUACCUUUCGUAGGUAAGAUGAAGAUGUCUUUUGAAAGGUGUACUGCAAGGGACAAAAUGUAAAUUCUGCUUUUACCAAGGUUUCUUUUUAAAUUGAUGCCAAAGAAUUUCAGUAUUGAACAUCUUAAGUCUGUUACUUGGAGUAUGGAUUGAGUUUGGAGCUUACUCAGAGGACUGCAGGAGAGUGUCCAGGAGGUGGAUAAUUACUGUACCUUCCUCAUGGAAAAAGUUUUAUUUUAAGUGUUAUUUCUCAUUGAAUACUAUCAAAAAGGAAAAAAAAUGACCUAAACUUUUGAGAUAGAUUUGGCUCUAGUGUAAAUUUUGAUAUCACCAUUGCCACCCUCCCCUCAAAAAAGGUGAGAACUGACUAAACUACUGGUAUUUAGACCAUGUGGAGAAGGAACUGAAACUGGAAACAGAAGCAGACGUCUGUACAGAGCAGAGUGUCAGCCAAUAGCUCACUUUAGUAGAGGGCAAUAAAUGCCACAUGAGAUGAUCCCCUCAGCAGAAAACUACAGAUCUUGCUCUUUCACCCAGGCUGGAGUGCAGUGACGUAAUCUUUGCUCAUAAGCAUUCAUGAAGAAGAACAAUGGAAAGAUAUAUUGAAGAUAUGGAGACGCUGGUAGCAGGGCCGAAGCAGGUCUUCGGGACAACAGAUACACUGCCCCGGCGCCGACCGCAGACCGCUCCUCCCCACGCCCGUGACAGUGCCCCGCUGGUUUCCAACGCGCUGCCGGGACUGGAGCUCAGAAGGCCUUCGCCAGUCCCCCACCCACGCAGGUCCCUGCUGGCCUGGCCAAGUCCCCACCCUCACUGCAAGCUCGAGGACCACCCCGCUUCCCCGAGAGUAGCCGGGCGGCGGGUACUUAUCUCCGACCUCCGGCAAGCGGGAGAGGCCGCGCUACCGCCUGUCCUCCAACCGCACGGACCGCACGGUACGCGCCCGGCAAGGCAGCAAAAUGGACUCGCAGUUCCGGCGAGCCCCGCCCCCGCCCCGCCUCCCUCCCCUCUCCCCCUCGUCGCCCUCUCCCUCCCUCCCUCCCAAACCCCGGCGCCCGCGUCCGCCGGCACCUCGGGCCCCGCCUCCCCGACCGCUUCGUCUGCGUCCGGCCUCCCCAGCCGCGCCUUGUCCCAGCGGAGGGAGCCGGGAGGUGCGGCCGCGCUUCUUCCGGCGUCUCCAACCGCCGCUGGCUCCCGCCGCCCACCUGGGAAGGGGAGGGCCAGGCUGCGGGCUUUUCUCCCUUCCAGAGGCCUGCGCGCGCCAGAAGUCCGCCCGCAGGGGCUGGGCCGCAGCUCCGGGAAGUGGACAACGUUCGCCCAGACGGUGGGCUCGACUGGACGCGGCGCCAUCCCGGAUGGAACCGCCCAGGAAGAAAGUCUCCCAGUUAAGCCGCCGUGCAAUAAGAUGGUUGGGUUUGGAUUGUUGUACUUUUUUUUUUGUUCGUUGCAUUUUUAGGAACAAAAAAAAAAGCCCAACCCUUCACACCACUUCAUCCGCAUCUCAGGACCAGAAGCCGGCCCCGUGGCUCCGGGAAAUUGAGCCCCGCACCCCACAAGGGGUAGGGUGGGACGGGCACCUCCGCACCGCGCUCCCCACGGAGUCACCGAUUCGCGUUGGGAGCGCGCCAGGGCUCUAGCCUGGGGCUCCGGGCAAGGCACCACCUUAGAAGAGGGUUCUGUAUCGCCCCUCACCCCCACCCCCAACCGUGACCCUCUUUCUUUGCCGGCUUUACGCAGGACACCAAAGACCCAGUUCUGUUUAAAAUUCUCUUUUAAGAAAAGGAACCCCUGCUUUGCCUUUGGGGGAAAGGAUGAACUUUCAAAUUGGCUUUAAAGAUCCACCACUUAACAGUUAUUAAGUCGCUAACCUGAUUAUUUUGUCCAUCCCACGAUAGCAAACGCACUAAGCACUUACCAGUGAGCGGUGUGAAGGAUGCAGACAUGGAUGAUGAAGGAAUGGCUCCUCCAAAAUUGACAAUUAGGGGAAGUGAGGCGAGUACAGAAUCUCAGAACAUGCUGCAGGAUUGAGUUUGAUCCGAGUUGAGGAAGUUUGGGUUUGGGGGGACAUCGGUUAUUUUGGAGAAACGGUAUUCGAGACUUACCAUACAUGGCAGUUGAGCCCCUUGGCUAAUAAUCCUUAGUCCAACCUCCAUAAAAGCCCCUGACCACAUCCUUCUCCUGAGAUUCCCACUUCUCUUUGAGCAUCUCUCUUCCUGCUUUAAGAAACCUAAUUUUGCCUUCUUAGAAAACUUCUUUUAACUUCUGUCAUUCAGUCUCGUAAGAACACUGCAAUAUAGAAAUCAUGAUCCUCACCCUAUAUAAAUGAGAAAACAAGUGAAGUCACUUUUCCAAGGUAAAAGGAGACAGAGCUGAGGCUAAAGGCAGAUUCCAGAUAUGGGUUCUUUCUAUAGCACCGUAACUGUCAGUGACAAAACUGCACCCCAGUUCCCUACUAAGUGUUUUUAGGCCAGGCACAGUGGCUCACAGCUGUAAUCCAAGCACUU